AUGUCUCAGGUAAGCAAAUGUCCUUGUAUCCUACUGUCCUGACCUAUUUGAUCAACUAUUUGUUGUCCAGUUCUUGAUGUGACAGCUAAAUCUACAUAUUUCCUAUGUAAAGGAUUCUGCAAUAUUUACUCUAAAAUAGGAAGAUCGAGAGACAAAUCAGAGGGAGAGUUGUUACGAUAAGGGAAAUCCAGAAAGAUGUUGCCCUGUCUUUUAACAUCCAUUCUCUCCUGCCCUCCAUAGCCCGGUGAGGUGAAGAAGAAGCGUCCUGUGAUGAAGGAGGAGGACCUGAAAGGAGCCCUCACUAAACUGGGGCUGAAGGGCGAACCCAAGAGUAAGACCUAUGAGGUCAUGGUAGAGUGUGGUGAGUAGCAGCAUUCAGACUCUAUAGUAGCCUAAUGUCACUUGCCUAACAUAAUUUUUUCCACUUGGGGAGUGUGUCAUAUACAAGUAAUUAUCACUGCCAUAUUAAUUGUUGACCGCAUAUACCCUUUUGAUAUUGGUCAGUUGUAAGCAUUAGUGCAGGGAGCAUAUCAGGGAGAGUAACGUCACACAGUCAAGUCAAGUGACGUGAGCUUGGUCACACUUUCUAGAAUGUUAUCUUUGAACUCUGGUGUGUAUUUGGCCCAAGCCCAGCUCGGGAGAGAGCUACUGAGUGAGUGACAUAGUUUCCACUCCUACAGAGACUGAAUCUUGUGCAGUCAGUGUUUAAGACAGAGGGUGUAUAGUUAGUGUAGAACAGGAGGCUAAGUUGUCAGAAACUGGCCUAGUGUUACUGUCCCUGUCCCCAGGGUAGAAUGUUAGAUUAGAGAACUAGGAAGAAGGAUAAAAGACAACAUAACUGCAGCACUUCUUCUAAAGAUUAUAGAUAAACUGAUGUCUGUCUACAGUGUGAAUAUUGCUCAUCAUCUUUGUGUGUUUGUGUAGUAGUGCAUGGCAUGCCCCACUAUCUUUGCUCACAGCCUUGUCUCUGUCCAUCCUCAGAGCGUAUGGGAAAGGUGGCUCCAUCUGUGUUCAGUGGGGUGAAGUCUGGAGGAGAGACGGUACUGGAGAAGCCUAAAGCCCCAGGAGCCAGCGUCUUUGGCAAGUAG